UACACGCAGCCAAUGAGGGCAGGAGGGAGUGCCCACAACAACCGAGAGGCGGUCCGCGUCGGCACAGACACAGCACACCUUCAGAUGGGGAUGAAGUAGCAGCGGCAGUCGAGCAACACAGAAAGAGCAGCGUCUGAACCGCGGAUCCGGAGGUUUUCUUCACUUGGGGGGGGGACAGGUGACCGACCGCUCCCGCGUCCUUCGGUGGAAAUUACUGCUCGUACACCCUCCAGGCACGCGCACCCUCCGAUUCCCACAAUAGAUGUGACUGAACUACAUUUCUGUCUGAUCAUCUAAGCCCGGCACACCAACAUGGAAAAUGCGCACACUAAAUCGGCGACUGAAGUUUUAGACAACUUCGGUGUGAACGAAAACACUGGGCUGACUCUCGAACAGGUCAAAGCCAACCUGGAGAAAUAUGGACCGAACGAGCUCCCAGCUGAAGAAGGCAAGUCCCUGUGGGAGUUGGUGGUGGAGCAGUUUGAAGACCUCUUGGUGAGGAUCCUGCUGCUGGCUGCCUGCGUCUCCUUUGUGUUAGCUCUGUUUGAAGAAGGAGAGGAGACAACCACCGCCUUCGUAGAGCCGAUUGUUAUUCUUCUUAUCCUCAUCGCCAAUGCUGUUAUUGGGGUCUGGCAGGAACGGAAUGCCGAGAAUGCCAUUGAGGCUCUGAAGGAGUACGAACCUGAGAUGGGAAAGGUGUAUCGCAUGAACCGCAAGGCGGUCCAGAGGAUCAAAGCCAGAGACAUCGUCCCAGGAGAUAUAGUGGAGGUGGCAGUUGGUGACAAGGUGCCUGCUGACAUCAGAGUGACCUCGAUAAAGUCCACCACCCUGCGCGUGGACCAGUCCAUUCUCACAGGAGAGUCUGUGUCUGUCAUCAAACACACCGACCCUGUUCCUGACCCUCGAGCCGUCAACCAGGACAAAAAGAACAUGUUGUUUUCUGGCACAAACAUUGCUGCCGGUCGUGCCAUAGGUGUCGUCGUUGCUACGGGUGUCUCGACAGAGAUCGGGAAGAUCCGUAAUCAGAUGGCGUCGACGGAGCAAGAGAAGACACCGCUGCAGCAGAAGCUGGACGAGUUUGGCCAGCAGCUCUCAAAGGUCAUCUCCCUGAUCUGCGUGGCUGUGUGGGUCAUCAACAUCGGCCACUUCGGAGACCCGGUCCACGGGGGCUCCUGGGUUCGAGGGGCCAUCUAUUACUUUAAAAUUGCCGUGGCCCUGGCAGUGGCCGCCAUCCCCGAGGGCCUGCCGGCCGUCAUCACCACCUGCCUGGCCCUCGGCACGCGUCGCAUGGCUAAGAAGAACGCCAUCGUCCGGAGCCUGCCGUCUGUGGAGACCCUGGGCUGUACCUCCGUUAUCUGCUCUGACAAGACGGGCACCCUCACCACCAACCAGAUGUCUGUGUGCAGAAUGUUCAUCCUAGACAAGGUGGAGGACUCCAGCUGCACCCUGCACGAGUUCUCUAUAACUGGUUCUACGUAUGCCCCUGAGGGACAAAUACUCAAAGACAACAAGCCUGUCCAGUGUGGAGACUAUGAUGGACUUGUGGAGUUGGCCACCGUGUGCUCGAUGUGCAAUGAUUCUUCACUGGACUAUAACGAGGCCAAAGGGGUUUAUGAGAAGGUGGGCGAGGCCACAGAAACAGCUCUCACCACCUUGGUCGAGAAGAUGAAUGUCUUCAAGACGGAUCUGUCUGGACUCACCAAGGUGGAGCGUGCCGGUGCCUGCAACUCAGUUAUCAAACAGUUGAUGAAGAAGGAGUUCACCCUGGAGUUCUCUCGUGACCGCAAGUCCAUGUCUGUCUACUGCACCCCUGUCAAGCCCGGGUCCCAGAGCAAGAUGUUCAUCAAGGGUGCGCCCGAGAGUGUGAUAGAGCGGUGCGAGUACGUACGGGUGGGAAACAGAAAAGUGACGCUGACACCAGCCGUGCGCGACCAGCUCAUGUCUAAGAUCAGAGAAUGGGGGACGGGCAAGGACACCCUGCGCUGCCUGGCGCUGGCUACGCACGAUACUCCGCCACGCAAGGAAAACAUGGAGCUGGAGAAUUCCAGCAAGUUUGCAGAAUAUGAGCUGGGGCUCACAUUUGUUGGCUGUGUGGGCAUGCUCGACCCACCCAGGAAGGAAGUGAUCGGUUCAGUGAAACUGUGCAACGAGGCAGGUAUCCGUGUUAUCAUGAUCACAGGGGACAACAAGGGCACGGCCGUGGCCAUCUGCAGACGGAUUGGCAUCUUUGAAGAGGACGAGGACGUGACGAGAAAGGCCUAUACAGGCCGCGAGUUUGACGAUCUACCACAGGAGGUGCAGAGAGACGCCGUCAAACGGGCACGGUGCUUUGCCCGCGUGGAGCCGGCUCACAAGUCCAAGAUCGUCGGAUACCUGCAGUCGUUUGACGAGAUUACAGCCAUGACAGGUGAUGGUGUGAACGAUGCCCCGGCCUUGAAGAAGGCAGAGAUCGGCAUCGCCAUGGGAUCCGGUACAGCUGUGGCAAAGUCAGCGUCUGAGAUGGUGCUGUCUGACGACAACUUCUCCACCAUCGUAGCUGCUGUGGAGGAGGGCAGAGCCAUCUACAACAACAUGAAGCAGUUCAUCAGAUACCUCAUCUCCUCAAACGUGGGAGAAGUCGUGUGCAUCUUCCUGACAGCCAUCCUGGGUCUGCCUGAGGCUUUGAUUCCAGUCCAGCUGCUGUGGGUUAACCUGGUGACUGAUGGCCUGCCUGCCACCGCCCUGGGCUUCAACCCCCCAGAUUUGGACAUCAUGGAUAAACCACCCCGCAACCCUAAGGAGCCACUCAUCUCUGGCUGGCUCUUCUUUAGAUACCUGGCCAUUGGAGGAUAUGUGGGUCUGGGAACAGUGAGUGCAGCCACAUGGUGGUACCUGUUUGAUGAGGAGGGCCCACAAGUGUCUUUCUAUCAGCUGCGACAUUUCAUGCAGUGCACUGAGGACAACCCCAUGUUCAAAGAAAUAGACUGCGAGGUGUUUGAAUCUCGCUACCCCACAACCAUGGCGCUGUCUGUGCUGGUCACCAUCGAAAUGUUCAACGCGCUCAACAGUUUGUCUGAGAACCAGUCCCUGCUCAGGAUGCCUCCCUGGGUCAAUAUUUGGUUGCUGGGAGCAAUCAUCCUCUCCCUCUCCCUCCACUUCUUAAUCCUCUACGUCGAGCCUCUGCCACUCAUCUUCCAGGUGACCCCUCUGCAUUGGUCCCAGUGGACUGUGGUCCUGAAGAUUUCCUUCCCAGUCAUCCUACUGGAUGAGGCUUUGAAAUAUUUAUCCAGGAACCAUCUGGAAGCCUAAACUCUUUUAAUCUCACCUUCUGUAAAAAGGUGAUGAGGAGAAGAAGUAUCGGAGGAGAUGGCAGCUGAACUAAGACCUCUCCCUCAACACACUCACACAGUUAGACACACAGCUACCCUCUUCCCAUUUUUAAGCUAGGAAACGUUUCUCUCCCCUGCCCUCGUUCCCCACUUCUGCAUGUCCAACAAACCACCACUAGAAAUGAGGGGUGGCUUGCAUGAGAAUGAGUGUGAGAAAGUGAGAGCGCUUGUGCUCCUGCAAGUAAGUGUGUGUGUGUGUGUGUGUGUGUGUGUGUGUGUGUGGGAGGACACAGACGGAUGCAGACCUGUCUUUAUAGUUGCAAGAGCAAGAAACAACUGCAGAAAAGAAAAAUACAACUGGGCUCUGCUUUUUAAAGGUUUCUGCUCAUCUUUUUGUUGUCUGUACAGUACAAACAUAGUGGUGGACUUCUGGGGGGAGAGGGGAGGAUGGGGGAACAGACAUUGAUAAUACUGGGUGGGGUGGGGGUGGGAGUUGGGGUUUUAAAAUCAACACAGAGACUGAAAGAGAGACUGAGAGGAGAAGAACCAGAUGGACACACUGACAAAAAAGCAAAAGCAUCAAGGAAAGGACGAGGAAGGUGAGAACAGCCUGGAGGCGCUGUGAGGAGAGAGCCACGGUACCCACGCGUGUCCACAGAAGCAUCAUUAUCAGGAGGCGCUGCCCAGGCUUCUGCCAUCACACUACUGGCAGUGAAUUCCAGCCAGCUCUGGCCUUAUCAGCACAACACAACUGUUUCUCUGGCCAGUUUGUCACAGCGCUGCUCCUUCAUCACUCUUCUGUCGUUUAUGCUCAGUUCCUCUCCUUCGGCCUGUCUCUGCUCUCUCUUUGUCUCUUUCUCGCUCUCUGUGUGAGGAGGCAGCUGUGGGCCCGGGGUCGUGACUGUCGGGCUCUUUGGUGGGGUUGGGGUCGCUCCGCCUAAAGGUGUGAAUAGCUUUACGCUGCUUGGCUGCUUCCUUUGGCUCUAAAUUCGAGGGGCUGAGGUCGGCUCACACACUGGGCAAAGAAACGAAAUUUUAAAAAGUCAAACAGCAACCAAACCAGCAAAUCGGUAGAGUAGUUGUGAUCCAGCCCACUCAGCUGGCCCUCUUUAGCUUCACUAUAAUGUCCUUCUGCUUCUUUGCUGCCACUGGAAAAUCUCUGCGAGUCAUUUCAUGUAAAGGUUAAAGGUGGACGGGAAACUGAUGCUUCAGGAUUCCUGCGUCAUGCCUUUAAUCCGCUGUGUCACACCCUGAACCAGCGCUGAGGUGUGUGUGCGUUAUAGCCUUACUUGAAUAAAGUUGUCUAAUUUGAUGUGAUAGGCUUUUUCCCCCCGUCUGAAUCGCACAAACGAUGUAGUUUAAAGUAAGUUAGAGAAGUAAGUGGCUCGUCCCAGCGUCACGUGGACAUUAACAGUGUAGAUAUUAAGCACAUCCAUGCCUUACACAGCCCACUGCACCUCCACAUUAAACAUGUGGUCCCGAUGAAUGUGUUUGCUGACCUUUAAUGAGCUCGUUACCCAUCACUACCACUUUGCACUCGCAUGGCCGGACCGUGAUUCUCACACUGAUCAUGUGAAGUCUUAAAGACUCUGAAUGUGGCGUGUUUUUUGGUUUUCUUGUUCUGCUUUGUGCGCUGCUCCCUCAGCUCCUCCUGCUUUCUCAGUGCUAUAGCAUUUCAUUUGGGUGUUUUAUAAUUCUUAAUAAUAAUAAUGUGUUUGACUGAAUGAACCCGCAGGGUUUGGAUUGUGUCUUUUAAGUCUUAAUUCUGGGUUUUGUGUGGGGCCCUGGUGCUCUGUGGACGGGGUCGGCUGUGUUUUUGGACUCUUAUUGCUUCCACAUGCUGCAGAGAAGAGUGUGUACACAUUUUUAAAAAGUCUUUGAAUAGGUGGAAUAAAAAUGGGAAUCUGCACACUGUGUCCCUCAUACUUAUUAAAGCAAUGAUAUGUUGUGGCUGUUGUGUGUUUAAAGGUAGAGCUGCAGUGAUUGGUUAAAAACACUGAAGCACUACAGCCAUUAAAAAAACAAACACUUUGAAGUUUAGCUGAGCUCCCCUUCGAGGUCAUCUUGUCGCGUACCUCAGUCCCUGGAGGUGCUCUUCUGACCACUUGUAUGUGGUCAUAUACAUGUGGUGAUGAGAGGUAAUGGUGAUCAUCUGAAGGAGGACGGUAAACAACGUGAGCCGAGGCUCGUGCCGCCGCUCACCUUAGAAGCGUUUUGGCCGUGCAGACUUUGGGAGCUGUCUAAAAACAGCAGCUGGGUAGAAAUGAGUGGAGGUAAGCAGGAGCUCUGCAACACAGUCAUCUUCUUUGUGUUCUGACCAAACAAUUACUAUAUUCAGCAGACCUGGUAUAUUAAAAAUGGCUUUUACUUGCAGCACGGGACUUAAGGAGGUUUGUUUCAUUUUUUAAAAUUGAACUGGGAGUUAUCAACACAGUGUGCAGAUCUUUUCCCCCUUUCUCCUUUUCAGACAGCAUUUCAAACCCAGUACUUUUUUCAGUGUGAUGCAGGAAAUUUACCCUUCAACACAAUCCAUCCAGUCUGCAGCUGUUGACUGUGGCGUAUGCAGCUGUGCUACACACUCGUUUUGUUGCUUGGUGAUGGGGUUGUUUUUUUCUCGCUCCAGGGAAUAGCUCGCCAAAGUAUAGAUGUUUCCAGUUUCGCAUGCUCUCUGGGGUCAUUCUUGGAAUGCACAGUAGGAAACUGACUUAAGUAGACGAGGCAAAUUAAAACAAAUACACUAUAAAGUUUGUUAAAACACCUCACCAGUUUUAAUAUCUAUCUAUAUAUAUAUUAAAAAAUAGGUUUUAAGAGCAGACUAGUCCUUUAACUAUAGACCAGAAGCUGGAUUGUGACUAUACUUGACACAAAGCAGCCUUUAUGUUAAGGUUGAGCUUUUCAUGAUUUCCCGUCACCACCGUGUGAAUGUGGCACCUCUUUCCAGACCAGCAGAUUCCACAUCCCUGUCCCAGAUCUCCAAGGCUCUGUAACAUGCUGGCACGAUAGGUCUGCGUAGCCUUGUUAUUUACUACUGAAUCCUCAACUCUGUACAGACGCUGAGAAAACGAUCGCAUGGAACCUUGUUACUGUAAUAAUACCCUAUACAGUAUAUAAUAUUUAAUUUUUUGAUAACUUGCAUCAAUGAAAACCUACUUUCAACAAGAGACGGACUUACAAGACUUCCUGUUUUUCUUUUUCUUUGGAGCACAUGGUAUCUAAGGACCUUUGUUUCUUGUCUGUUUUGGUUUAUUUGUUUCCUUGUAGAAUAGAAAGGUUGUUUCUUCAUGUUUCCAUUUGGUUUUUACACUUGUGGGGUUUUGUGUCUUUUACUGUAGGGAGAAGAAUAUGAUGAUAUCGUGUUUAGGAUAGACGAGAUUAACGCUUACGCUAAUAAGUGGCAAUGACAUGGAACAUUUCAGUGAUAGCUAGCUGGUGUGAGGAUACUCAAGAAAUUGUGAACGAACAGUGUCUGGUUUACACUGAGCGAUAAGCAGUGAUGAAUCCUGGGAUAUGAAGUUUCAUGAGUGUACAUUGAAGGGCUUGGUGGUGAUGCAGGCUCUAGAGACCCCUUUCAGAUCUGGGACGUUGCAAAGCUCUUCCAGCUUGGUACUCCGAGUCCUCCGCAGUCUGUAAAAGGCUAACCUCCUUUACUAACAGUGAAGGAGCGAUCGGGUUGAGAUGAUAACAGCUGACUAGUGAACGUGCCUCUAGAGCCUGACCUCCACCUCUGAGAAAUUAAAAGGAUUCUCUGUGUUGCCUUGUUAAUAUUAAUUGUGGACACAUAAUUUUAUAAAUGACAAAGACGUGGAAAUAAAGAUUAUUUAUCUUGUUAUUUA